GGGAUCUGUGUGCCGGCAUGGAGGUCGGGGCCCGGCACAGCGGGCAGGGGGCGGUGGGCAGCCGGCGGAACCCGCGGCCGUUCCGGGGCCAGCUGCACGGCUGUCUGCGGCGGGACUGCCUGCGGACUCAGCAACUCUUCGACGACCCGCUCUUCCCGGCCGGCGGAGCGGCGCUGGGGGACGUGGCGGUGUCCGUGGCUCAGUGGAGGCGACCUCGUGACAUCCAUGGCAACCCCCAGUUCUUCGUGGGAGGGGUCAGUCGCUUCGAUGUGUGUCAAGGAAACGUAGGGGACUGCUGGUUCCUGGCAGCUUUGGCCUCGCUGACUCUUCGCCGUGAUCUCUUUGCGCACGUCGUGCCUCCGGGCCAGGACUUCCAGCGGGAUUACUGCGGGCUCUUCCACUUCCGGUUCUGGUACUAUGGCGACUGGGUGGACGUUGUCGUGGACGAUCGGCUGCCCACCGACGACAAGGGUCAGCUGAUCUUCGUCCGAUCAUGUGACAGUAAUGAGUUCUGGGUCUGCCUCCUGGAGAAAGCCUAUGCCAAGCUGUACGGCUCCUACGGGGACCUGCACAUGGGGCAUAUGGCGGAGGCCAUGGUGGACUUCACGGGGGGUGUGAAGAGGGAGAUCCGGCUGGACAACCCCCCUCCGGACCUGUGGAGGACCCUGAGGAGAGCCAUCACCCUCGGAUCCUUCCUGGGCUGCAGCACUGCCGUGGUGAAAGACGGGGAGCGGCGUUUGGACAGCGGGCUGGUGAUGACGCACGCGUACUCCCUCACCGCAGCCGAGGAGGUGAAAUGCCAGAACCAGCUGGAGGAGUUGGUGAGAGUGAGGAACCCCUGGGGCAAUGAUGUGGAGUGGAACGGGCCCUGGAGCGACGGGUCGGCAGAGUGGGGCAGGAUCAGCCCCGACACCAGGCAGCGACUUCUCCAGCAGCAGAACGACGGGGAGUUUUGGAUGUCACUGCAAGACUUCAGGGAGCAUUUCUCACAGCUGGUGAUCUGCAACUUGACUCCCGACUUCCUGCAGGAUUGCAGCACCCACCGCUGGGCCCUGUCCACUCACCACGGCUCCUGGGUGCGGGGCUACAGCGCCGGGGGACCCCUGCACAACAAUGACAACUACUGCAGCAACCCACAGUACUGCGUGACGCUGGGGGAGGCGGAUAUGGAGCCCGACUCCGGCACCAGCUGCUUCCUGCUCAGCCUGCUGCAGAAACCGCAGGCACAGCGACGCAACAACAACUGCAGGCUGCAAAUCGCAUGUCACCUCUUCCAGGUGCCCCCCACGGUGAAGGUACUAAACCAGAAGCUGGCCUGUUCGAGCUUCGGUGAUCGUUUCCUGGUGAGCCGGGCCCUGGUUUACUGCAACACCCGGGAGGUGAGCUACACCUACCAGCUGGGGCCCGGCACCUACCUGAUGGUGCCCAGCACCUUGCAGCCCAACCAGGCCGGAGACUUCAUCCUCCGCGCCUACAUCCAGAGGAGCCGCCACCACAGCUCCACUUCAUCGCUGAGUCGUCAGGAUUACAGUGCGUGGGAGCAGACGUUCGACAAGUACGCCCAGGUUCCAGAGCCCAGGUGGCCGCCCCCUCAGCAUAGCCAGCAUGAAGAGAGGAGACCCCUCUCCCCCAACCCCAUGUCUCCCACUGCCGUGCAGAUGUGGCAUUCGUGGGGGCAACAGAACAGCAGCACAGAGGGUAUUCCUCUGCCCACCUCACCCACAUCCCCGCCGCCGACACAGAGUGCAGAACUGUAUGCCGCUGGGUUACAGAGAGUUAUGAACGAAGUCUUCCUGUGCGGUGACCAGGCUCCAGAUGGUGUCUCCCUGGAUCACUGCCGCUCCUUGCUGAUGCGUCUGUCUUUCGACGGUGCAGCGAGACUCAACAAACAUGAAUUCAGGCGCCUCUGGAAGAAGCUGGAGUCACUGAAGGAGCUCUUCCAGAAGAGAGAUGUGGAUGGCUUGGGCCUGCUGGAUGUGACUGACCUCCUCUCCUGUCUCCAUGACGUGGGUUACCGGGUUGGUGGUGCAGCCCAGAAGCUGUUGUCCCUGAGGUACGGUGACGUGAGGGGGUCAGUGAGCCUGGACAGCUUCAUCCUCUGCUUCCUCCGCAUGGAGACCGCUACCAAGAUGUUCACCCAGUUAAGUCGAGGCAGGGCCGGUCUCCAUCUAAAUGCAGCAGAGUGGAUGCUCCUCACCACCUACUUCUGACGAUUGGAGGAGCUGUGUCAUGUCAGAGUCGGGCACGGAGACGCCGUUCAUGGGAAGCCAUCGGCCGGAUCAGAGCAUGGGGUCGUGGGCGAUUCCUCUGCCCUCCCGGUGACCCCCACCCCCGGUGACCCCUCCCCUGGUGACCACUACCCAAGUGCCCCCUCCCCUGGUGACCACUAACCAAGUGCCCCCUCCCCCGUGGCCCCUUCCCGGUGACCAGUGCCCCAUGACCCUCUCCUGGUGACCACUGCCCUAGUGCCCACUCCCCCAUGGCCCCUCCCCUGGUGACCCCUCCCCGACCGACCCCUCCAGCAGUGACCCCCACUCGCAGUGACCCCUCCCCUGAGACACUGGCCAGCCCCGUCCCACAACCCAGUUUGCAAUGACACUUGAUUUCACACGGUGAAAGAAUAAAUAUAACUUUUAUAUUACUCACUCACCUUUGACCUUUGAAAUAAUCUGUAUUUCAUCUCUUUUUGAUUAAAAAAAAGAUUAAACCAUGUGGCCGUGUAUUAUGUCGUGUUUAUCAAUUUGCGUUUGCAUC